AUGCCUUUUUCCAACCAGAAAUUAUCGCCGCUGGCCGAGACCAGCCCCGGGCAAUGGACCACCGGCCUCUUCAACUGCCGUGAGGAUGUCCCGACUUCUUUUGUUGCUUGUUUCUGUCCUUGUGUCACGUUUGGUCAGAAUGCUGAGAUUAUCUCAAGAGGAAAAACCUCAUGUUGCAAAGCGGGGCUAAUAAGCACGUUGCUACUGGGAUUCGCGUGCUUCUACACCUUACGGUACAGGGCGAAGUUGAGAGGGCACCACUCGCUGCCGCCAGCCCCCUGCGGCGACUGCCUCGUCCACACCUUCGGCCUGCCAUUAGCCUUAUGCCAGGAACACCGCGAGCUCAAGAACCGCGGCUUCGACCCCAUAAUCGGUUGGGCAGCCAAUGCUGAUAAGAUGAUGCACCAGCCCGGAGGAGCAAUGAAGGUCCCUACCAUUUCCGCCAUGAUCCGUUGAAUUAAUUAGUUUUAACAUCUUAAAUUUUAGGCAGUCAAAGCAUAUAAUUGUUUGUACGUAAUUUUGAUCAAAAUUCCAAAUGUAAAUCCAUCCUUCGU